AUGUCAUCACCAACGGAAGAUAUCGCCGACGCCGAGCCCCCAACCAUUGACCCGUACGAGGUCCUGGGUCUCGAGCGCACUGCAACCCCAGAACAAGUCAAAUCCGCCUACCGCAAAGCCGCCCUCAAGAACCAUCCAGACAAGGUCCCCCAAGAAAAACGCCAAGAAGCCCACAAAACCUUCCAAUCCAUAGCCUUCGCCUACGCCAUCCUCUCCGACCCCGCCCGCCGCACACGCUACGACGCAACCGGCUCCACCUCCGACUCCAUCCUCGACUCCUCAGACUUCGACUGGUCCUCCUACUACCGCGACCUUUUCGCCGACGCCAUCUCCCCCGACGCCAUCGAGCGCUUCGCGAAAACCUAUCGGCACUCCGACGAGGAGCGCGACGACGUGCUCGCCGCUUACGAGGAUGCCGAGGGGGACCUGGAUGCCGUGUAUGCUUCCGUCAUGCUGAGUGAUGUUUUGGUGGAUGAUGAGAGGUUUAGGGGCAUUAUUGAUGAGGCGAUCGAGAAGGGGGAUGUUCCUGCUUUUGAUGCGUAUGUGAAGGAGGGGAGGAAGAAGAGGGCGGAGAGGGUUAAGGCUGCGAAGGCGGAGGCGAGGGAGGCGGAGGAGUAUGCGAAGGAGCUUGGGGUUCAUGAUAAGCUCUUUGGUGGUGAUGCUGACGGGGAUGAUAAAGGCAAGGGAGGCAGGGGCAAGUCCAAGAAGAAGGGGAGCAGUAGUAAGGGGAACUCGGAGGACGCGCUGGCCGCGCUCAUCAGGGGGAACCAGCAGCGGAGGGAGGGCUUCUUCGACCAUCUCGAGGCCAAGUACGGCGCCCAGAGCAAGCCCGGAAAGGGCAAGAAGAGGAAGGUCGAGGAAGAGCCCUCCGAAGAGGCGUUCCAGGCUGCGGCGGCGAGGUUAAAGAAGGGGAAGGGCGAAUCCUCGGCGAGAGCCGAGACUAGGAGGAAGUCGAAGCGGUAG